AUUUUGGAUUUCAUGGGGAAGAUUCUAACCUGACCGUCAUGGAUGGAUAACUGAGCGGGCCUAUCGGUCACAGGCCCAGGGGGCCAAAGUGUAAGGGGCCCCCUUUCACUUGGGAAAUGUUGAUCGAAGAGACACGUACUGACCUCAAAGAGAUGCAGAAUGACUGGACCGGUACAAAAGAGACAUGCAUACAUAAUCUCAGAGACAUACAUCGACCACAAAAGCAUCACAAAGUCUGUGGGUCUUGCUCCGAGGUAGGAGAGUCUACAAUUCAGGCCACAGGUAUAAAAGUUAAUAUAUAAUAUUUCUUAUUAUGGUGUGUUACCUACAAUUCCUCUCUUUCACUUGUAGUUCCCCACAGAUAAUGUAUUUUAUAGAGAUACUAAACAUACUUCAAUUUAUGAGCAUUUGUUUUGCUUUAGUACAGGGUUUAUACUUCCACACUGAUAACUGAGAGGGGAAAUCACACUUUUCUGGGUAAAAAUAACUAACAAACCAGUAAGUCAUUGAAUAUAGUUUCCCCAAAGUAUCUUCCACUGAAAUGACUAAAGUACUUGCUCCAUCUGGAUUGUAUUCCCUUCAUUAUUAAUGUACCGAUAGUUGCAUUCCUGUCCACUGGGUGGCGAUAAAGUGCAGCUUUUCGGACUAUCUAAAAGAAGAAGACCGUGCUUCCAUAUUGCUUGAUGCCAUACGUCGUUUGUCUGUCAUCCAGUAAUAGUCGUUGCACCUUCAAGCCAGAGUCGCACGUGUUUCACUGCACUAGUAAACAAAUGGCCUUCGCUCUGCCGGUGUGGCUCGCGGUGCAGGAGGAGCUGCUCGGACACGACGGAGCGGACUGUGCGGCUCCGAGCAGUUUCGACGAUUUCGACGACGACGCUUUGUUCCAGAUGUUCCACCUCACCAGACCCUGCAUCGCCUUCAUCACGGACGCCGUCCGCAUCCGCAUGAAGAACGUCGCCUUGAAGAAACCCGCGCUGUCGGUGGACGCGACGGUCAUGGUGGCGCUGAACUAUUACGCGCACGGCGUUUCCUCCGCCGAAGUCCUGCAGAGAGUCGGACCGAACCAGGCGGACAGCCUCGCGGCCAUCUGCACAGUCUCCGAAGUCAUCGCGGGUAUGGCCGAUCAGUUCAUCUCAUUCCCACUACUCCGGGAAGCCAAAACCAAUGUCGCCUCCAAGAUUAGGAAAGUCUGCGGGAUCCCCUACGCGCUGGGCGUCUUGGCUCCAGCUCACUUCAAGAUAAGAGCUUCUCCGUACGAGAAGGAGACGUUCAGGUCUUUCGUCAACACCUUGGGUUACACGUCGGUGGUGAGCCAGAUCAUAUGCGACUCCGACGGCAACAUACUGAGUGUGGAAAAGUGCUGUGUGGGCAGCACGUUUGAGCAGGAAAUGUGGGAGUCGUCGUUCAAAGGAAGAGAAAUGGAGGAGGAACUGCAUGGACCAUAUUGGGUUAUUGGUGGAAAAGGCUAUCGCUUAAGCAAACACGUCUUGACUCCUGUGUCAGAACCUGCAAAUGACGGUGAGACGCGCUUCAACGAGGCCCACGCCAAGAUCCACAACGUCAUGCGGACAAUGCUCGGCUCCAUGAAGAGGCGUUUCAGGUGUCUGAUGCAACUUGGUUUUGCACAAGAAUGCUCUUUGGUCAAAAAGGCCAACAUUAUCAAGGCGUGCAGUGUCCUGCACAACAUCGCUAAGAAGUUCUCCGUCCCUCCCCCGCCUGUAGCCGGUAAAAUUGAGCCCCUGCAUCCAGGCAAGCAGCAUUCAGUGCCGGUCACGAUCAACCCCGAGGCCCUACAAGCCAGACAGGAACUCAUCCGUUGUCACUUCUCUAUCGCCUCCACUAGAAAGGACCCACUAAGUAAAGCCAUCAUGGGGGAGGAUGCGUGAGCAGAGCGGGUGUGUUGCCUGCUCUAGGUAGCAAAGGAUCAUCAACAUAUAGUACGAACAUUGGACCCAAAACCUAGCUGAUGGCGCAAGAUUUAUACUCUGGUGUUUUGCUUCUCCGUGUCAGUUUAACACUAAUAUGAAAAUGUGACAUACUGGAUUUUUCUUCUAGUUUGCAGAAAAAAUGCAUUCAGGUAUUUUUGUUCAUGAAAAAUAUUGUAUUUCUUGUACAAAUAGAAAAUCAUACUUUUCUACCUACACUUAUUAAUUUUAAUAAAUGUAAUUUAAACAUUUUUCAUUCACCUGGAGUUUUGUUUCCUCACAUCAUAAUAAGAAGAAGAAGAAGAAUACACAUUUUGUAGAUGAGAGGAACACAAAUUUACAAGUUAAAUAAAAUCCAAACCGUACUAUUCAUGUACAGUAAAUAUAUGACUUAAACGCUUGCAUAUUUACAGUUAAUAACAAAAAUAUAGCACGGAGACUUUAGAAUUAGUUUUACAUUAAAGUAAUGUAAAAUCUUGUAGAUCUUGUUGAGUUUAGGCUUUUGUGAACUUUUGCAGUGCAGUGGCAUUGGCGUAGAUCAUGUCUACAUUCUCAUAUAUGUUCUCUUCAGUCUUCUCAUCUGGCUGCAGACGGUCCAUCAUGCAUUGGUGCAGGAAAACGUACUGAGACUGAAAAUAAGAAAACCAAGUGUACCGGUCAUUUGAAAAGCAGAAGUUUGGUUAUGAAGGGUUCAUGUUCACAUCGUAUUCUGGCCGACACUUCCUUGUAAAUGUUAACGAGCCUCAGUUUCCUGAUAAUGUGGGUUUGUUUAGACCCACAAUUAACUUGGGAAAGUUUAAAUGGGACAAUAGAAAAGACAAUCUCAGAACCAUGUUUUUGGAGGAUGGAUAUGAACAACUACAUGGAAAUCUAAGCAAAGCUUACGAUUCUAUACAUGCUAUAUACAGUAGUUUCAGUGCUAUUACUGUAUCACCAGCUGUAAGGUCAAGAGAGUCUCAACCGUAAACAUGUACCCAAAUAAGGAAGUGGUAGUUCAGCCUGAAGUAACUUCAUAUGAGCGGUUUUACCUCCGUCUGCACCAUGUGUGGUCGGCUCAGUCUCAUCUUGUGCACAAAGCCGUUGAUUCCCACUGCACUCUCCUUCUCGAGCUGCUGAAGUAGCACAUCCAGAGCAAUGAUGGUGCCUGUCCUCCCCACUCCAGCACUAAGAGAGACACGCAGCAAUUAGGUAGAUCAUUAGAUAGUCCUGAUGGUCUCGAAGUCGGUUUUUAACUUCAUGUGGAAAUCACUCACUUCCGACUUUAAAACAUUUUCUCCCCGCUGAGCACCUUCUUACUUAAAACACUAAACCAGUGAAAGUUAUAAAAGCUUAUAUUUCAUCAAAAAUCGAUCUGCAUAUAUAUCAUAAGAUAUGACAGCAGUAAUGUUAUAAAUUGACCCAACUCUUUGACCUUUGUCUGAUUUUUACAGGCUACUCUUCAGACUUGCAACAAGCACUCAUUCUGUACCUGCAGUGAACCACGGUUGGUGCUCUCGCUCCUUCUCUGUCUACGUGCUGUCUCACCAGCUCUCUGAACUGGAUCAGGACUUCUGUGCCCUGUGGGACUCCAUGGUCAGGCCAGGCAGUGAAGUGAAAAUGUCUCACUGUGCGCUCUUCUGAGGUGUACCCCUGUGAAGAUGAUCAAAUAGAGGAAUUCAAAUACUGUAAGUCUUCAACCAACAAAGUCAUCGUUGAAGUCGUCAAGCAUUUAUCCUACAUUUUUACUUGUGCUCUGACACGAUCACACUUUUCAUUCGCUUUGUUGUGCGUUGUGACUUGGAACUAUAUUAAAACUCAACCUAUUCAGUUACACCAUAAACAUUUUAGAGAUGUUCCGUACAUGUUUCACCCUAAAUUCCCUCAAUGUCCAGUUGGGCUCCUGCUGCUCAGAUCUGAUGGUGACCAACAGCUCUCCAAAAGAGCAAGGCUUUGUGUCUGCAGGCCAGUACCGCUCACACUUAGUCUAGGAACAAGAAACACCAUAAUUGGGUUAUUGAAGC